AUGAGGGCUUUUAGACCAAGUAAUGCUACUGAAAAUAGUCAUGAAGCAAAGUCAAAUAUUCAUGAGCUAGAUGAAUGUAAACCGGAAAGUGAAGGAGAAGGGAAUGGAAUUGAGGAUUCUGUGUAUUUAUUACCACCAUCUGAGCAUUUUUUACGGACCGUUAAGCCCUUGGCGAAAUGUGUAGCUUCUUCUUCAUGUGGUGGUGAAAAAAAAGAUUUCCGUGUUUUUUACGGGAAUGAUGCGUUUUAUACACUUUUUAGACUUCACCAAGACUAGCAGAUUAAUCAACAUGAUUGCAGAUUGGUGUAGUUCAUAUAUUGGACAUGUUAUAAAUGUACAAAACUAUAUGAUUGCAGAUUGUUGUAAUUUAUAUAUUGUAAAAUCAAGUAUGAACUAUUAGAUGAAAUUCCAAAUGUAUACUCAACUUCGGCCGUAUUGUAUGACUAUGCACCUAGCU